AUGACGAUUCUCCUCACGGGCGGUAGCGGCAAAACGGCCACACGCAUUGCGGCGCUGUUGGCCGCUGACAAGAAACCCUUCCUGCUAGGUUCGCGCCAAGGUCCUCUAUCUCAUGCUGCGUCGCAUGACCGUGAGAAACCUUUGAUCAAAUUUGAUAUGGGCGAUGAGUCGACCUGGAGAGAGCCCUUCAGCCGUGAUACGCAUAUCGAAGCCGUCUACCUAAUGGAACCUCGGAUCAGUGAACCUUGGGUUUCCAUGAACAAGUUCGUGGAUUUUGCGGCCGAGAACCACGGCGUCAAGCGAUUCGUUUUAUGCGCUGGCAUGUCGGCUGCGAUUGGCAAAGACGGCAUGGGAAGAGUUUGGGAGCAUUUUAUCCAGUCUGGUGUUGAGUAUUGUGUACUUCGCCCGUCUUGGUUCAUGGAGAAUCUGCUUGAGCCGGGUAGCGCAUUUACCAUCAGCAAGUCCAACAAAAUCUUUACCGCUACCCAGGACGGAAAGAUUCCAUUUGUUAGCGCUGAUGAUAUUGCCAAAGUAGCUGUACACGCUUUGACAGUGGAAAAGUCCUACAAUUGCGACUUCAAGGUUCUUGGACCUGAGAACCUGACUUAUGAUCUGAUUGCCGAGAAACUCUCCAAAGUCCUCGGGCGUAGAAUCGAGCAUGUCAAGCUCGACGAAGCAAGCCGGAUUCAAGGCUUGGUCCAAGCUGGUCUGUCGGACUACUUUGCUCGGUUCUUGACGCGACUAGAACUCUCAGCAUCUAAAAACUCGGAAAUGGCAACAAGCGAUGCUAUCGAAAAAGUAACGGGUCAUGCUCCAAAGAGCUUUGAGGAGUUUGUUGAAGAGAACAAAGUCAUUUGGUCCAAUAAUUAA